AGUUCUCCAUUUCUUUUUCAUCGCAGAUAAAUAAUGUUUCUUGCGCCUCUCCUCGUUAGCCGGCACCACCGUAUUCACUAUUCCUCGCUUUGUCGGUUCCUGCGAAGAGCGUAAAGAAAAACAAUGGAAAAUAUCGCGAAAAUCUACAUCACCAGUCCCGUCAUUUUCUACCCAUGGUGUAACCCUAGAUUGGCCACGAAAUGCCAGUCGGAGUAAGCAGUGUCCAUUCGUCAUAUUCAGCCCAAAAAUCAAUUUAAAAUUAAAACAGUCAUCACAUACGUAACUCUUAGCGGCAUUAAUAGCUUUGUCACAGUUCUUGUGUAUAAAAGCUCCCUUUUCAUACUCCAUUGGCGUAAUUAAGGUCGCAGUGAUCUGAAAAUGGAAAAAUUCUUAGUCUCAGUAUCAGCUUCAGCUCUUUUCUGCCUAUUUGCUGCUCUUCUUUGCUCUGUUAAUGGAGGUUUUGACAAGUACAACACUGGGGCUGGCAUUGUCGACGGCAAGUUAAAUGUUCAUUUGGUUCCGCAUUCGCAUGACGACGUGGGAUGGUUGAAGACUAUUGAUCAGUACUAUGUUGGAUCCAACAACAGUAUUCAGGGUGCCUGUGUUGAGAAUGUUCUCGACUCAGUUGUUGAAGCAUUACUCCGUGAUUCCAACAGGAAAUUCGUGUUUGCAGAGCAGGCCUUUUUCCAACGAUGGUGGACUGUACAAAGUGCAGGAAUGCAAGAAUUAGUCAGAAACAUUGUGGAUGCUGGCCAGUUCGAAUUCAUAAAUGGGGGCUGGUCUAUGCACGAUGAAGCAACAUGCCAUUACAUAGACAUGAUUGAUCAAACGACUCUUGGCCAUCGCUUCAUAAAGAAGCAAUUCAACAAAAUUCCUCGUGCUGGAUGGCAGAUUGAUCCAUUUGGACACUCUGCAGUGCAAGCUUACUUAUUUGGGGCUGAGCUUGGCUUCGAUUCUGUACAUUUUGCAAGGAUUGAUUAUCAGGACCGAGAAAAGCGCAAGGAAGAUAAAUCUCUUGAAGUUAUAUGGCGUGGGUCCAAAACUUUUGGUUCCUCGUCUCAGAUCUUUGCCAAUGCAUUUCCUGUACAUUAUAGUCCCCCACCUGGUUUCCAUUUUGAAGUGAAUGAUGACACUGUCCCUGUCCAGGAUAAUCCUCUUCUAUAUGACUACAAUGUUGAGCAACGGGUUAAUGAUUUUAUCAAUGCUUCAAUGGUUCAAGCAAAUGUGACGCGUACAAACCAUAUUAUGUGGACAAUGGGUGAUGAUUUCCAGUAUCAAUAUGCUGAGUCUUGGUUCAAGCAAAUGGAUAAGUUAAUUCACUAUGUUAACAAGGAUGGUCGAGUGAAUGCUCUGUACUCCACUCCAUCUAUAUACACAGAUGCAAAAAAUGCAGCAAAUGAAUCAUGGCCGCUGAAAACUGAUGAUUAUUUUCCAUAUGCGGACAGUAUAAAUGCUUACUGGACUGGAUUUUUUACUAGUCGCCCAGCCUUAAAGCGAUAUGUGCGUAUGCUGAGCGGAUAUUAUUUGGCGGCACGCCAACUUGAAUUCCUGGCUGGUAGGAGGUCUUCUGGUCCCAAUACUUUCAGUCUGGGAGAUGCUUUAGGAAUUGUACAGCAUCAUGAUGCUGUGACUGGUACUGCAAAACAACAUACAACAAAUGACUAUGCAAAACGUCUGGCUGUUGGAGCUUACGAAGCUGAAGCUGUUGUCAGUUCAGCACUAUCAUGCCUGACUAAUUCAAAAUCAAAUGUUCAAUGUACUACGCCCACUUUGACAUUUAGCCAGUGUCAAUUACUUAAUAUAAGUUUCUGCCCACCAACUGAGGAAGAUAUUCCUGAAGGGAAGAGCUUGGUUGUUGUAGCAUACAAUCCACUUGGAUGGAGUCGUACUGAUGUCAUUAAGAUCCCAAUUACCAAUACAAAUAUGAUUGUUCAAGAUUCAGCAGGAAAUACCAUUGUGACGCAAUAUGUAGAGAUGGAUAAUGUUACAAGCAACAUAAGGAAUUUCUACACCAAAGCUUACUUGGGAAUGUCAUCAAAACAAGUUCCUAAGUACUGGCUUUUCUUUCAAGUAUCCGUCCCCCCUUUGGGUUGGAAUACAUAUUUCAUUUCUAAAGCAUCUGGGAAAGGAAAAAGCACAAGCGGCUAUCUCUCUGUGAUGGAUAAUCCACAUAAUGAGACAGUUGAAAUUGGGCCUGGAAAUUUGAAGAUGUCAUUCUCUUUAAAAUCUGGGCAACUCCAAAGGAUGUUUAAUUCUAAAACAGGGGUCGACGUACCUGUACAACAAAGCUAUUUAUGGUAUGUUUCAAGUAAUGGAAGCUCAGAUAAGCAGCCUUCUGGUGCAUACAUUUUCCGCCCCAAUGAGUCUCCUCCAACUGUUGUUUCAAGAUCAGUUCCCUUGAAAGUGAUUCGUGGCCCACUAGUUGAUGAAGUUCAUCAACAAUUCAACUCAUGGAUCUAUCAGGUGACUAGACUUUACAAAGACAAAGAGCAUGCUGAGGUUGAAUUCACGAUUGGUCCAAUUCCCACUGAAGAUCGCAACAAGUCUUCUGGUAAAGAGGUCAUUACACGAAUGACAACAAAUAUGGCCACAGACAAGGUGUUUUAUACUGAUUCUAGUGGGAGGGAUUUUUUAAAGCGGGUUCGAGAUUAUAGAGCAGAUUGGUCUCUCUCAGUUAAUCAACCUGUGGCUGGGAACUAUUAUCCACUAAAUCUUGGAAUUUUCACUGUGGAUAAGAAAUCUGAAUUCUCAGUUUUAGUUGAUCGUGCCACUGGAGGAGCCAGUAUCAGGGAUGGAGAAGUGGAGCUUAUGCUUCAUAGGCGUCUGAUCUUUGAUGACUCAAGAGGAGUAGGUGAACCCCUCAAUGAAACUGAGUGUGUUCCAGAUAAAUGUGAAGGACUCAAGGUUCGAGGAAAUUAUUAUAUAAGCAUCAACCAACUAGGCACUGGAGCAAAGUGGCGUCGGACAACUGGCCAAGAAGUUUACUCACCACUUCUUUUAGCCUUUACACAUGAGAAGUUGGAGGAUUGGAAAGCUUCUCAUUUGACAAAGACAACUGUAAUGGAUCCAAACUAUAGCUUGCCUCCAAAUGUCGCAUUGAUUACUCUUCAGGAGUUGGAUGAUGGAAGUGUGCUCCUCCGUUUGGCACACCUCUUUGAGGCUGGUGAAGAUGCCGAGUACUCGAAGUUGGCAAAAGUAGAACUAAAGAAGAUUUUUGCUCGAAAAAUGAUAAAGGAGGUGAGAGAAACCAGUCUAUCCACAAACCAACACAAGUCAUCGAUGAGGAGGAUGACAUGGAAAGUUGAAGGGGACAAGGGUGAGGAACCAAUUCCGCUUAGAGGUGGCCCUGUUAAUAAUUCAACUCUUACUGUUGAGCUCGGUCCUAUGGAGAUCCGUACUUUCUUGUUGAAAUUUUGAUGAUCUGCUCUGCCCCAUUGUAGUUUUAACUAAGCUGAACUGAAUAAAGGUUGAAAGGCAGAUUAUUUUUCUUCCUGGACUUCUGUAUACGCUCAAGCCUAAUAAUUGCCAGGUUAAGAGUCCCA